UUUGCCGUGAGUGCACUGACCUGUGUGUGCGCGUGUCCGUCCAUGUUUAUGUAGCCUAGCCUAUUAUCAACUGCGACAUACUGUACGUGCACGGAUAAUUAAUGGGUGGCAGCUGCUCAUUAUGGAGGACUAAACCUGGCAUAAUUAGAAAUGAAUGAAAGCACACAAAUAGAUAAAUACAUAAAUAAAUGCUCAUAUAAACAGAUUAAUGAAUGCACACAGAUUAAUAAUUAAUAGCAGUUUAUUUUUGUUAUUUUAAUUGAUAUGAUUUGUUUCUGUAUUUCUUCCGCCAAUAUGAUAAUGAGGGGGGCGUCAACCAAACAUAUGUGGCUGGUAUCUAACACACCAUUGGUUGAUCAAUACCACAGUGCCGUUGCACUUGCCUGGGCUGCGUCCAGUAUGACAUAACGGUGUUCAACAUUUAAAGAUCAUGUUUAACAUUAGCACCUCCCACCCCCUAAAAAAAUCAAUAAUGUGUAGAGCAUACAUGUAUCAGUGUCACUAUUUUUUUCCCGACAUUAGAAAUUGGAGAUAAAAUCUAUUUUAUGCUGCUGUGGCGAAACACGCACCGUGAAAACACACAAAUGGAACAUUGUCCUACGUAGAAUCCGGUGAACAACUUUGUAACACUGAGCCAUUGACUGACUGACUACACCAGGUAGCAGUGUUAUGGGUGGGUUUCUUCUGACAAUAAGACACCGGGCUACAGCCAUAUGGUUUUGAACCUAGAAGAAGACCGAGAGACGGGAGUAGGCGAGAAGGAGUCGGCCGGGAUUGGUCAGAGGAAUGUCCAGUUGGACAGAAAUGCACGAAACAGUCAUCGACGAGGAGAAUAGAAGGUUCCAUGGAUUCCCCUUCUGAUCUGUCUGGUCGUCAGUCCUCCCUCAUUUCUCCCUUUGACCUUUACCCUGACCCCUCCACCGCCCUUGACCUCCCCAGACACCUCACACCCUCUGGAGGUGGGCACGGUGCACCCUACCCUGGAGCCAACCCCUCCUACCCCCUCAUCCACCACCUGCUGCAGCCUGGUGGAGCCCCCAUGAGGUCCGGGGGGGAAUUACACCUAGACAGAUAUAACAGAGUAGAGGAAGGGAUGGAGGAGGAGGAGGAGGGGAUGGGUGGACGGUUGGUAGGGGUGGGGGGGAAGAGGCUGAGCGGUGACGCCCUAGUGGCGGACUGGAGUUAUGACAUGAUGAGAGUGAAGCGAUUGAGACUGGAGAGUCUAGAUAAAGGAGAUGGAGAGAUAGGCUUAGAGGAAGAAGAAGAAGAGGAGGAGAAAGGGAGGAGGAGUGCGGAGAGGGGGAACAGGGAGAAAGGGAGGGAGGGGAGGAGAAGGGAGAGAGAGGAGCUGAAGGAACAGUUGGAAGAGGCGAGAGGAAGACUGAAGGCCUUGCAGGAGAAAGUAUGGAAAGCAUUCGGAGAGAGACCCGCUCAGGAGGAGAAGAAGAGGUGGACCGGAGGAGAGCAGGAGGAGGAUGAUGAUGGAGAGACGGACAAAGAGGAGGAGGAGACAGCAGAAGGGAUCACUGAAGAGGAGGUGGGAGAGGAGGUGGGAGAAAUAGACAAUCUCUCUCUUCCCUUCAUCCCCUCUUCUCCCCACUUCCAAGGCAUCUCUAAACAAGACCGAAAAGCGAGGGAUCAUGAGAAAAGGAAUGAAGAACAGAGGAAUGCGAAUGGAGGAGGGGGGGUGUUUUUGGAGGGGGUUCUGGAGAGGGCGGCAGUGUGGAUGGGGUGUGGGGUGGUGAGGGGGGAAUGGGAGCGUUUUGGAGGGGAGCAGAAGUUUGCCCAAGCUUUGAAACAGGAACUGGGAAGCGCUGUAGCUCGAGUCAUCGAUAGUGUCCUCCGUCUAUACACCCAAAACAAACCUCUACCUCCCUCCAUUCAUCCUUUCACCCUGUCACCCAGAGAGGGAGGGAACGAGGGAGGAGGCGGAGGAGGAGUGUGGGCAGCCCUGAGAGAGAGGAGGGAGAGAGAACGGGGUGGAGGUUCACCUCCCCACUCAAACAGAGCUCCGCCCCCCCACCAGGAACAAUCUGAAGCGUUGCCGUUGAUUACCCGUCGCCCUGACAACCGCCGAAACCAUCUUCUACCCCUCAACAACCACCCUAACAACCGAACUAAAAACCCUCUUCUCCCUCCUCACCCCUUCCCCCCUCUCUGCCAGCCUCACCCCCCUCACCACCACACCCACCCCGCCCUCCUCCCCCCCUCCUCUUGUCAUAAGGACUCCUCCCCCUUCCUCCCGCCCUCCUCCUGCCCGCUCCCCCUCCCCCUCCUCCACUACACCAUGCAACAGCUCUUCACUCGUUCUCUCUCUCACCUUCAUCCUCUCCACAAAGGGAACGUUAUGAACUCUGAUGCCUACAUGGAGGGGAACCCUUUCCCCCCUCUCCUCACCCCCUCCUCCUCUUCCUCUCGUCCCUCCUUCCCUCCGCUCGCUGUGAUGGAGGGAUUGGACCGGCUGGAUGGAGGGCUGCAACAUCAUCAUGAGAGGGAUGGAGGGAUGAGAGGAGGAGGAAGAGACGGUGGGAUGGAUUCUGGGAUGUAUCUUGGUCCGGGUUCAUCUCAGGAGGGUUUGACUCCCUGUCAUCUGAAGAAAGCCAAACUGAUGUUCUUCUACGCUAGAUACCCCAGCUCUAACACGCUCAAGACUUACUUCCCCGAUGUCAAGUUCAACCGCUGCGUGACCUCCCAGCUCAUCAAGUGGUUCAGUAACUUCCGUGAGUUCUUCUACAUCCAGAUGGAACGCUUCGCCAGACAGGCUGCCCGCGACGGUGCACCCUGCCUGGGGAGAGAGGGCAGAGAGCCCCCCCUCCGCCUGGGGAGAGACACGGAGCUCUAUCGCAUACUGAACAUGCAUUAUAACAAGAGCAACGACUACCAAGUUCCUGACAGGUUUGUGGAGAUAGCAGAGUUAGCACUGAGAGAGUUCUACACGGCGAUACAGACUGGGAGAGAUAGUGACCCCUGCUGGAAGAAAUCCAUCUACAAGAUUAUCUGUAAACUAGACAGCCCUGUUCCAGAUAGUUUUAGACUGCCUGGAUGUCCAAUGGGCUGAGGAGAGGACACACACACACACACAGAAAACACACACACAAUGCGCAAGGGACACACACACACACACACACACACACCGCAAGGGACACACACACACACAGAAAACACACACACAAUGCGCAAGGGACACAC